UAUCUAUAAAUGCAACAGUGCACAUAUAUGUAUAUAAGUACGCUAUAGAACACACAUAGGAAUGGUGAUUCAGUUUUGUACUUACUUAAUGUGAAUAGGCAUAUCACGUCAGAAUAAAACAAAUGCUAAUUAAAUAUAUCAAUUCAAGUAUAUUUUACGUAAAUUUAUAAAUAAUGAUUGAAUUUGAUCAAAGUGACAAAGAAAUACAAGAUGAAAUGCCACCUUUAGAAGUGUCGGAUGAUUCUGUGAACACAAAUGAACUUGGACAAAAAAGAUUACGAGAAGAAACCUCAGAAGAUGAAAAAUUAGAUUUACCUUCUAAAAAAUUAUGUACAUCUGUUGAUGAAACAGUAUCUGAAAAACACAACUUGGAAAAUACCGUAGAAGUAAAUGGUAUUACAGAAAAAGUAAAAGAUAAUUCAAAAGAUAUAAGUACUGAUAAUAAAAUGUUAGUGAAAACUAUACAUGAAAUUGCAAAAGAGUCAGUUGUUGAAAUAUCUGACAUUAAAAAUAAUGAAGUAGCAAUUAAAAAAGAAAAUGAGUUUAAUAUUUUAACAGAUACAAAUCAGCAGGAGAGCAUAGAUGCAGAAUCUGUUACAAAUUCUAAUGAAGAAAAUAUAAUAGAAGAAGCAAAAGCAGAAGUACAAGAAGAAGAUGAUUCUGCUAAGACAAAAAAGAAGAAUAAAAAGCUUCAAAGUGAGGAUGCUGAAGUAGUAGAAGGUUUAGAACUUUCAGUAGAAUGUGCCAGUGAUAAAGAAUCUUCAAGUUCUUCUGAAAGUGAAGAAGGAAAAGAUAAACAAUUUAUGCCAAAAACUAUAAUUGUUAAAGCAAAACCUAAUGAUUCAGAACUUGAUGUUAGUUCUUCUGAAGCAGAUAAAUCAGAUUCACAAGAUACAUUUGAAGUUAAAUCUAAACAAACUACAAGGAAAGGAAGAAAAAAGGGUAGAACAUCCUUCAGUAAAACAAAAAAUACAGAUUCUGAAGAAAAUAAUGAUGAUGUUUCAGAUGAAGAUUAUAGUCCAAGAACUAAAAAGAGACUUAAAAAAACAAUGACAAAUAAAAAGUCUACAAAAUCACCCACAGAAUCAAAAAAAGGACGUGGCAGAGUAAAAAAAGGAAUUAAGAAACAAAUUGAAAAUAUAGAUGGGGAAGAUGAAAAUUCUAAUAUAACAGAAGAUUUAAAGUCAGAAGAAAAUGUAUCUGAUGUAAAAUCGACAAGAAGCAAAAGUGAAAAUGAAAGUGAUAGUGAUGAUGAUUCUAAAGAUAGGAAAAGAAAGAGGAGUACAAGGCCUGAAGACAAUAAACAAAUACAGUUAUUGAAGAAAUAUAUCAGAAUUGCUGGAAUACAUGUAAAAUCUUAUAAUGAUCUUUGGGCUGAUUGUACAUCAAAUAGUGCAAAAAUAAAUUGUCUUAAAACAUUACUAAUCAAAAAUGGAAUUAAUGGCAGACCAACUGUAGAAAAAUGUAAAAAAGCUAAAGAGAGAAAUGAAAGACUUAAGGAUGUUGCUGAAUUAAACACAAGCAAUAUUAUUUCAGAAGGACGCGUCACACGUGCUCAAAGAAGUAAGGAUUUUAAUAAAGAAUUAACAAAAACACCAGAAACACCUACAAAACAUCGCGAAGCUCGCAAUACAUUUAAACGAGUUUUGACUGUUGUUGAUAGUGAUUCAGAAUGAAAUGUUAUGAACUUUUGAACAAAUAUUCGAAAAGUUUGUAA